AUGGGCUCAGUGUCCAACCAGCAGUUUGCAGGACCCCAAGUCAGUUCGGCCUCCUACGUCGUGGGGCCACCUCUGGAGCAGGGAACCCUGGUGUCCCAGUGGCGUGCGCGCGAAGGCUACGAGGGCGGAGGUAGUGAAGAGGAGGGGCCUAUCCGGCAGUGUGUCCCCGGGAAACGUGUUGCGGGAAAAGGAGCAAAACUUUCGGGGCACCACUGGCCUCGGUGUGGCUGCGCCAAGGCGGCGGAGGAGGCGCCCGAGGAGGCGCCGGAGGACGCGGCCCGGGCGGCAGACGAGCCGCAGCUUUUACAUGGUGCCGGCAUCUGUAAGUGGUUCAACGUGCGCAUGGGGUUCGGCUUCCUGUCCAUGACCGCCCGCGCCGGGGUCGCGCUCGACCCUCCAGUGGACGUCUUUGUGCACCAGAGUAAGCUGCACAUGGAAGGCUUCCGGAGCCUGAAGGAGGGUGAGGCAGUGGAGUUCACCUUUAAGAAGUCUGCCAAGGGCUUGGAAUCCAUCCGUGUCACUGGACCUGGUGGGGUGUUCUGUAUUGGGAGUGAGAGGCGGCCAAAGGGGAAGAACAUGCAGAAGCGCAGAUCAAAAGGAGACAGGUGCUACAACUGUGGAGGUCUAGACCAUCAUGCUAAGGAAUGCAAGCUGCCACCCCAGCCCAAGAAGUGCCACUUCUGCCAGAGCAUCAGCCAUAUGGUAGCGUCAUGUCCACUGAAGGCCCAGCAGGCCCCUAGCGCACAGGCAAAGCCAGCCUACUUUCGGGAGGAAGAAGAAGAGAUCCACAGCCCUGCCCUGCUCCGGGAAGCCCAGAAUUGAGCUGUAGUGGGUGGAGGCUAUUGUUUUGCUAUCAGAAAGUUUCAAUGAACAGGCAGAGUGGAGAAAGUGGGCGUAGGGUGGGUUGGA